AUGCUGCACUCCCGCCGCCCACUGCCCAAGAACACCGCCCGCCAACAUGGACAACGUGCUGUUCUACGGAGAACGUGAUGAAGCCACGCGCAGGCAGGUCCGCUCUGCCGCCGCCGCCCAUAGCCAUCGAAUAGGCCCGCGCAAGCCCAAGGCCGCCCUCAAACAGCCCAAGGACACGGCCGCGACGACGACGAAGCGACGCUCCACGCAGCAGCAGCAGAAGCCCAGGUCAGACCUCUCCUCGCCGCCGGCCACCUCGAUACCACAGGACGCCAAGGUGCAAGACCCGCAUCGAGCAAGUGCAUCCGUCGGAGCCUCAGCAGGCGUUCUACGACCGCAACAGGCAAUCGCCAACAACAGGCACGUGCAGCCAGCAGGCAUGGCAGGGCUGAAUCUGCAUUCGCAUGCACAAUCUCCUCCGCGAAGCUCCCCAGACCAGCCCUAUGUUAGCGGAGUCGUAUCACCUUCAUCACGACCAACCAGCUCCCCAGACCUCUCCCAGCGACUCCCGCAAUAUUCCUGGACCGAAUACCCACGAUAUGCUUUGAGUUCGAACCACAUGCAAUCGCUAGACAUGCUGGCCGAUGCCGCUUCGACGGCGCGCGAAGCGGGUUCCAGAUCGCCCGCCGAGUCCAGCCUUCCGGAUCUGAGACAUUUCGAGAAGUCUGCUGAAGGAAGACCCAUCUUGCCGCCGUUGGUAGGCAUCCAGCAACAUCCGUCAGUUGGCGGUGCAGAGGGAGGUCGUCCAUCGAGUACGGGCCCACAGGAUAAUAAUAGGCGCCCAGACGUGGACGCGCCGCGCUACAAUUCGUGCAUAGAGUUUCUUCAGCAUGCGAGACCGCAGGUCAAUUCGCCCUCGCCUGGAUGAAGCGUCGCUUAGAUUUCCAGUUUUUGCGUCUGGAGUGGUUUAUGAUAGUCCGAAUAUGAGUGAAAGUAUCGUCGAUGCCGGCCAUGAUAAGACGAUUGAUUGGGGUUUGCCUCCCAGUGGGGACCGAAUAUGAGAGUUACGACCGGCAAUAAUGAGCGACGAGGUUCCAAUUUCGAAGAGCGAAUGCGCGGUGGCAGGCACCGGCGACCUGGCACCCUGUGCGAGUCCACCAAUGGAAGACAGGCAGGAGCUUUGCAACAACUG